CGCUUCGUCUUCAAUCUGCCGCCGGACUCCUCGGUCACUCCCCCGUCCCCCCCUCCUCCCGCCUGGGUCCAUCCUACAUGAAGGGGAGCAGCCUGCCGCCGCUUACCGCCGCUCAAACGUGGAGGGAAGGACACGGAGAGCGACGCUCGUCGCUGACUGCGCGGGGUUAUUGUUAGUCUGGUGAAAUUUACGGCUCUGUCGACAUAUUUAGUGCAUCUUCCCUCAGCGCUGGACCGACAGGGAGGGACUGUUUGUUUCUCCAGGAGCCUCCAGGAACAGAGUCGGCAGUUUGAAGGACAUUGAAGUGUGAGAGCAAGGGCCAGUCAAGACGAGUGUGAGCCCCUGGACCUUUUCAAGGAAGCAGCAACGUUGGCAUUCUCACCUGUAAGAGGAAGGAAUGAAACCGGAUGGGGAUACCAUGGAAACCACGGAGCCCACCGAAGCCGCAGCAGUAGCAGAGCCUUCGUCAUUGCAGGACAACAUAACAGAGCCAGCCCCAUCGCAACCAGAGGAAGCUGCAAGUGAUGCAGCACCUGCGACGGCUCCGAAGGCCAGUGGCAAGCCAGUGGCAGCAGAUGCCAAAGUCAAACCAAAAGCCGUUGCAACUAAAACACAGCCCACAGCUAGAUCUGCAGGGGCCUCUGGGUUGCGGCCAGGUACUGCCUCACACCGCACGGUGAAUGACGUCAAAUCCUCUAACAAUGUCUCUGCAGCUGCAGCCAAGAAAACGACAACUACAGCAAAACCAUCCGCAGCGGGAGCUGUACCGAAAAGGCCGGUGGGUGUAGCAGCAGUUUCUUCAACUGUCAAGAACCAAACUAGAGUGCCUGACAAGAAGCCUGUUGGAUCGGCUAGGGCUACCUCUGUUGCUUCUGCCACAGCAACAAAUGGUUCCAAACCAACAACAGUGAAUGGCGUUACUAAGAAGAGACCACCAGCUGAGACUGUUAAUGUAGCCAGACCCAAAACCACAGCUAUUGCCAGCAGAGCAGCGGUGUCCACUGCCCCAAAACCCAGCACUUCGACCAAAACCGCGGAUGGUGCCGCCGCCUCAAAGACCACCAGGCCUGCUACAGGUCCCUCAACAUCUCGACCUGCAUCUGCUGCAGCAAGGCCCGCCUCAGCUACAGUCAAGCCCUCCACCACUGCAAGCACCAAAACCUCUGCUUCUAGAGUUACCACAGCACCCUCUACUGGCAGGACCACAGCAGCACAGCCUCCCAGAACUGCUGCUCCUAAGAAAGAUGUCAGUCGCCCACCUUCUGCUGCAGUGGCAAAGAAACCUACAACAGCUACAACAUCCACUGCCACCAAAAAACCUGAACCCUCUCGACCCAUGGCCGCCGUAAAGUUCAGCUCUGCCUCCAAAUCCUCCACAACAGCGAAGGCAGCAGACCCCAAGGUGUCACAGCCCAAAACUCCCACACCUGCGAAAUCAACUCCCACAAGGAAACCUGUAGCUGCUGUUCCGUCUGUUGCCCGUAACAAACAGCCCCUUGGUCGAACCCCGCCUGCCUCUCCAGCCAACAGACCUGCUAACAGCAGCACCCCUCAGGCAAAACGUGGAACCAAACCCACACAGGCUGUCCCACCUUUCACUACUGGCAAGAAGACAGGGGUCUCAAAUACGACCAAGCCUGCUGUAGAAGCACAGAUUGCUGCUGGUGCAGCAGUAGUAGCUGCCACAGCAGUGACUGUGCUGGCAGAAAUGGGCGCUUCAGAGUCCUUCCCACAAGUACCAUCCCCUGCUGCCCCUGCACCAGAAGAGGUCCCUCCCUCAGUCGUGGCCCAGGAAACCAAGUCUCAAGAGACUGCUCAAACACAUGCUGCUGCUUCAUCUCCUCCACAAAGCCCUGUUAGGACAGCCGUACCCCAAACAUCUCCACCCCAGGAGGCGGUAGAAAGCAGUGCUUCCUUACUAACCACGCAGGAGCCGACCCCUGCCCCAGCUGAGCCUACAUUACCACCAGUGGCCUCUCCUCCAGAUAUAUCAGAGGAGCCUGUUUACCUGUUAACAGACCAAGCCUCCUCCACAUCUACAGCCCUCCCAGCAGCGACAAAUGCCAUCCCUCUGGCAGUUUCUCCUACCAAUUUAAAUGAGGAGGAGGAUGAAGAGGAGAGGGAGGGAAGCCAGUUGGUUUCUGUGUCUGAAAUGAGUGGAACCACACAGCCCACAGAGGAGUCUCGUCCUGGGUCGGCGGGACCAGCAGGAGGGUCUGCUUGGAGGGCUGGUGGCGCCUUGCUUUCUGAGCUGGACUCUGAGGAAGUAAGCGGCAGCCAGCAGGGUGCGUCUGAGCUGAGUGCCCCUGGUGUACUGGAGGGCACAGAGAGCAUGGACGAUCUGGGAGACGGCAGUCUCAAAGGAGCCAUUGACAUGGAAGGAGCCUCAGCUGGUUCACCUGACUUUGAAAAAGUUCCUGACAUACCAGUGAAUGACUUUGAUGAGGACGAUGAUGAGGACGAUGAUGAUGAUCGGGUGUGUGACAUGGAUGUGGGCUCAGAGCGGGCAGAUGAACCGCAGAGACCCAGGCAUGACAAUGAUGUGGAUGAUGAUGAGGAGGAUGAAGAUGUGGAGAUGGCUAGUGAGGGGGUGACAGAGAGUGGGCUGGAAAGCUAUGGGAAUGCAGAUGAGGACGACUUUGCUGAGGAUGAAAGGUUGGACAACUUGAACAGAGUGGCUCAGCCCCCACCUCCCCCUCCUGUGCUGCCCUCUGCCCCAGCUGCUCAGUGGGACCAACCAAACCCCUUUGCUGAUCCUUGGGCAGAACCUCUGCAGCCACAGCAGGUUCUUGAGCACAUCCCCCAGCCUGCACAGGUGGCAGGAGCGGCUGCAGCUAGUCCUUUGGCAGACCCCUGGCAAGCAGACACUGAGACUCCAACUCAGUCCCCAGCCCAAGCUUGGCUAGAACUAGGCUCUGCUUCUUUUAUUCCUGAAAACCAAGAAGUUCCCCAUCAUUCCUUUGUCAAAGAUGAGCCACAAAAUCUAGAGGCCCAAAUGUACAUGGACCAGUCCAGCCCAGCCCCAGUGCAGACCCUCGUCCCAGCUCUCCUCUCUGCCCCAGGAAUGUCUCUUUCAAGCACCCUGAGCAGCGAGACCAGCACGCCAGAGGAACUCUAUGACUACAAUCAAGACGGGAGGCUGCAGCCUCAAGAUGUGCAAGCCCAGAUGCUUUCCCCACAGCCUGACCUGGACUACCAGGACAUGGGCAUGUACUCAGAGAGAGGAGACGGGGAAGGAGAGGAGGAAGCUGAGGCUGAGACGCUGCCCGCUGAUGAAGUCCUGGGUGGCCCUGCAACUGCCCCCACUUCCAACCCCUCCUCAUCCUCAGUAACAGAAGACGAGGCCAGCGACACAGAGGGAGAGGCUCAGUUGGAUGACUCCUUGGAGACUCCAGCAGUCUGUCAGACAACCUUUGACACGCAGCCUUCAGCCCAGCGCUGCCUGUCCACCGUGGAAGAGGGAGAGGAAGCUGACAUGGAGGAGGUGAUAGGUGGCGCAGGCGAAGACACCACACCACCUUCAGCUACAUCGUUGGCGUCAUACGGCUUUGACACCAUGACCACAGCUUCAAACUCCAACGCCCACUCCACAGGGGAGAGCUGUAUCAAGAGCCCUGGAAUCUUCUCCCUGGAGGAGCUGCCCGAGGAGGCUAAGGAGCCCUUUCUCAUCCCGCAACCUCACACCGAGCCAUGCACUGCAGAGCAGCAGUACAUCGAAUGCGGGAAGCAGGAAGCGGAGCCCGCUGAGCAUGUCAAGGAGGAAGCACCAGGGCCUGAGGAAGCCCUGGACCCCUCGUCAACUCUAAGCACUUUGCAGCAACCUGAGGAAAACCCAGAUGACAUCCAGCCUCCCUACUAUUCUGCUAUCUGUGAAAAGACUGAGAACUCUUUUGCAGGCUUCACUGCACUACCGCACCCUCACCGCCGCGAUCACUCUGCAUACCCCAGAACCUACUGCGACAUCGUCAAACCUCUCGUCGCUGCCGUCGCCCCACCGAAGCUGACCUGUGCCGACCUUCCGCCCAGGAACCUCGGCCAGCAGGCGCUGAGCCCCCAGCUCCGCCGGCUGGAGCAGCACCAGAGACAGCUGCAGCAGAUGCAGCAACGCAGACAGCAACAGAGCCAACCGCUUGAGGAGGCGGAGCAGGAGAGGAAAAGGAGGGAGGAAGAGGAGCAGAGGAGGAAGAAGGAGGAGGCCGAAGAAGAAAUAAAAAGGAAUAAGGAGGAGGUGGAGAGGAAGGUCCGAGAGCAGGCAGAGGUGAAGAAGAAGGAAGAGGAGGAGGAGCAGAGGAGAGACCUUGAACUACAGCUGCAGCAGCAACAGCAGGAACUGAAGGAAAGGCAGCAAAUCAUACAGUGGCAACAAGAACUGCAACAGUCCAAUAAAGGUCAGACAGUGCUGCUGUCCCCUUCCUCUGGCCUCUGCACCAUCUAUGAGGCCCUGGAGAAUAGUGAUGACGAUGAGGCUGAAGAUGAAGAGGAGGGAAUAAAGGAGCUCGCUAAAGAGAAGGACGAGCUCAGACAGGAGACGUCAAAUGAAGAGUUGGAUGACUGUGAACAGGUGAUAUCAGAUGGAGACAAACAUCAAGACUCUUCGCCGUCCACCGAGAGUCCUCCUCCUCUCCGAGACUCCCCUCAGACAUCCAGCAACCCCUCCCAAGAUGGAGACAGCUCCUCCCCUUGCCCUCCCGAGUCUCCAGAGCGGCCCCCACCCCUGGACCUGGACUGGGGGAAGAAAGUGGACAUAGUCCAGCAGCUGAUCAAUCAGACACUGCUGCUGAACAGAGAUGGAUGCUCCUCUCUGCUGCUUCUACCGGGGGGCGCAGGAGGUACACUGAGCCCCCUGGAGAGCAGCCUGUGGCCCAGCCUGCUGCCUCCACUCACCCCUCCCUCUGCCACCGUCACCUCUGUCAGUAGUUUCUCCCCAGAGGCCACUGGGAGCUCCCCACAGGGAGAAUGGACAGUGGUAGAGCUGGAGACACAUCACUGAGGGAUUUCACUCACACACACCGAGUACAACAUCUGUUAAACAUCAACACUCAUACAGGGAAGAUGACACAAGUGCUGUCUGUUUGUGCGCACACACACACACACGAUAAUUCACAACAAAGGCACACAGCAAAUAAGGUGAUGGACACAUGUAUGCAGAGCAGCCCACAUUUGCUGUGCUAUUAUUAUACACAGUGAAGCAACGUUAUUAAACAGCUGUACAGACUGAGGUAAAUCUUGUGGGGAACAAUGCAAUAGCUAGGAGUAGUUCUUAGAUAUUGAUACACAUCAGAAUAUCUCCUCAAGAAGAUAAACUACAUCACAUUGUUGAUGCUCGUGUCAUUCCCAAGUAUUUUACAAAGAUAAACUGAGAGAAGUUGAGUAAAAUCCAUGAUAGGAUCAAAAAGAUGGACAAUAAACCAUACUUAUACACUGCCCAGCCCUGGAGGUCCAACCACACACUUUUGGUGCUGUAGAUCAGUGGUUCCCAACCAACAAGGGUAUUUUAUUUUUCAAGCUUUUCUCUAAUCUGUCCCUUUUAAACUACUGAAACUACCUAUUAGGCCUAAGCACUCAAAUGUAGCAAUCUGAGGAAGGAAUAAUUAGUCAUAAGUAGAUCUGGUCACAACCUAUAGACAGAUCCAACGUGUUUGGGGCCAUAUCGUAAAAAGGUUGGGAACCACUGCUGUAGAUUAAUUUGAGAGAGGCAGGGAUUUCUAACUGUACUGUAAAAACAAAGCACAGAAAACACAGAUCAGUUCAGUUGAUUGCAGUUUAUCCAAGCAUUUGCUGUUAAGUCAUGCAAAAAAAGGCAGAAGAAAACACAUGGUUGAAAAUUCUUGCCCUGAAUCAAGACUCUCAGGUAGUGCUUACUUUAGGUGAGCUACCACUCCCAACAAACUAAAUGGUUAGAUUUAGUACAUAGAAAGUUGAAAAUUGGAUUAAGGUCAAGGUAAGUCAAGUCAGUAAAGCGGGUCCUAUGUGUAUGUAGACCAGCAGCAGGGGCGGGGUUUUAAGUUCUCCCAUUCUGUUUAUUCAGGUAAAACGUUCUGCAUGCAACCUCAAUACUGUACCAACUGAACCAACUGAACUGUAUCAAGAAUAGUCAAGUGUUUAGUCAUAUUCUUCGGCAUGGGUACUUAUUCUUUAAUCAGAUUUGUCCUGAUUUAAAAACAAACGUCAGACUAGCUUUUAAUUUAAUGCUGAUGUACUGAGUAGUUUAAUAUAUUUUGGCAAAUUAAAUGAACAUUUCUGUUCCCCAAAUUAACACAUUGUAGAAGCAAUGACAUUGAAACCCAGGCCUAGUUUUUAAUUAAUUUAUUUUUAGUUGGCCUUAAAGCACAAUUUUAGUAUACUGUGUGUACAAUAAACAUACUGGAAUCUACCUGUACCUGUACAAGGUAAAACUUUCAUCUUAUAAAGUAAACUACCUCCAGGUUGCUAAAACUCCCAAAUUUACACCAAA